GCAUGACAAAGUUAGGAAUUUCCACUUUUUUGUCGGGGUGUAGGAAACGGGAUAUAGCAGGGUAGUAAGACAGUGGCAUAUGAUGCAACCUCGAGCAAUCCCGUAAUUUCUCUAGAGGGAUUAGCUGGCUCGGGUUUUUUGACAUUUGUUAAAUAAGUGAUAGGUGGUCAUUGUGUGCCAGUCGGGGUGGCGGCUCGCUUAAUUAAGUGCUUUUGCACACGCACUGAAUGGAAACCUCCCUUUCUGGGUCUUGAUCUUCUGUGUGACUCAAGAUUUGAAUAUUCAAAGAAGCAGAGCAUCACAUUUACCUUAACGAGGCCGCUGUGCGGUGCCCGUUUUCUCGUGGGGGGUUUCCUGUCUUAGAGGUGACGUAACGCUGAGGGGAUUUCCGCGCCCUGAACCGGCCAAUCAGAGCAAGGCUGCUUAUGAAAUCACAAAACUGAGACGAGGCAGGGUUUAAACAGUAUUCAAUGCAUGGCUUCGAGUCGCUUUACACGUUUUCAGUUGUUGACGCAAACACUCGGGAGCUGGCGUGACGUCUGACGAAGCUUCACCUGAGUCGCUUUAAAGCAAAUACGGACGUUUAGACCGAGGAAAGAAGGCGAAUGCUGUAAUUUUUCCGGGUUGGAAAGAAUUCAAGGACCCAGUGACAGAGUUCAUGGUCUUGAAAGACUCACUGAAUGCGAUGAAAGACAUGGACAUCCUCAACGGUACCUGUGAGCGAGAGCCGUCAGAUAUUGGUGAGACAUUUGACAUGCUUGAAGAAAUCAUCAUAGCAGAAGGUAGGCGGUCAGGUCCCCCCCUUCCUGGACCACCUCUGCCCCCUGCUGACCUGUGUCAGCCACCGCACAGCCACAACCAGGGUACGUCCCGGCAGCGCUCCUCGCCAUCGUCUCAUCCUGUACUGGUGUCAAGAGGCACCGCGUGUCAGCCAACCUGCACCUUCCCCCAGCCCCUGCAGCAGUCGUGCACUUCCAGAGGGAUGGCGUCAGUUCCUCCGCCCGAGGGAGUUGGGUCUUCAACUAGUUGUUCUCGGCGCAGUCGAGGGGCUUCUAGGAGCUGCAACAUCACCACCUCUCAAAGCAGAGGUGACACUGAGAUACUGGAGCAGAUUCUGGAGAAGCCAAAACUGGUGGUGGUGGAGGAACCCAAAGACAGAGGCAUGAGGUUUCGCUAUGAAUGUGAAGGGCGCUCGGCCGGCAGCAUUCUGGGGGUGUCUAGUACUGAAACUAACAAGACACAGCCUGCAAUAGAGAUUCAGGGUCCCAUUGACCACAUAAAGAGGGUCACAGUAACUGUUUCCUUGGUGACCAAAGACCUCCCACACCGGCCUCACCCCCACUGCCUUGUGGGUAAAGACUGCCCAAACACUUCGGGAAUCUGUGUGGUCUCGUUCAAUCCCAACAACAACAGACGCCACAGCUUUGCUAACCUUGGUAUCCAGUGUGUGAGGAGGAAAGAGCUGGAACUUUCUCUUCAGAAAAGAAGAAGCCAAAAUAUCGACCCCUUUCAAACUGGUCACUCAAAGGGCAUCGAAGACAUGGACAUGAAUGCAGUGCGUCUGUGUUUCCAGUGUGAGUUCGAGUGGGACGACGGCAGAAAAGACAGUCUCAGCCCGGUGGUGUCCAAUCCGAUCUAUGACAAGAAGGCCACGACGACCUCACAACUGAAGAUCAGCUGUUUGAACAUGAAUAGAGGUCCCUGCACUGGCAAGACAGAAAUCUACAUGUUGUGUGACAAAGUGCAGAAAGAUGACAUAGAAAUCCUCUUCAGACGAGGGUCGUGGAAGGCGAACGGGGAGUUUGCUCAGUCAGACGUGCACAGGCAGAUUGCCAUCGUGUUUAAGACUCCACCCUACCAGGAACAGGACAUCACAGAGGAGAAGGAAGUCAGUGUUGUCCUGCGGCGCAUCUCAGACCAGAUGGAGAGCGAGCCUGUCAACUUCACGUACCUGCCGCACAACCCAGAUCCAUACGAGGUGAAGCGGAAGACGAAGAUUAAGUCGAACCUCAGCUUCAGGGACAAACUUUGUGUGACAGAGGGUGCACCUGCAGCGGAGCAGCCCUUCCACUUCCCGCAGCCUCAGACCAUGAUGUCUCCAGAUGAGAGCCUUUGCGUUGCCCAGCCUGGCUCCUCCGAUCUGGGGGAUAUGGGUUACGAGCCCAUGGACUCAAACAGCUGCAUAGAGGAUACAGCCCUCCUUAAUCAACUGCUAGAAAUACCUGAAUUUAGGGAAAUGCUCACCGAGCAGAGCUUCUCCUAUUCCAUGCCCUCCGGCCUUGAACAGGGGCCUGACGCCAGCUCCAUGUUUGCGAACAUGGAUGUGAAUUUUAACCAGAACUUUGGCCCAUACACUGAGGACUUUUCUCGUUUGAAUGACUGGCAUUUCAGCAUGCUCGUCAACGAGAACCAGACUCCACAGUCAGAGCCACAGAGCAGCCCGUCUGAGGCGGCUCAGGUGAAGACGGAGCAGGAGCUAUGAGGAUGGGACAGUCACCAUCUUGUAGAAUAAUUAACAUUGUGCCCAUUAAAGGAAUAGGUAGACAUCUUGGGAAAUGCACUUAUCCACUUUUCUGUCAUGAGUAAAGGGACAGGCAUGCUUUGCGCAUACCGUCGUACGGACAAGGUAAACGCAUGCAUUCCUUCCUUCCAUACUUCACAUUGAAGGUCUGCCUUCUGUCUGUGUACAUCAACUGUUUUCUAGCACUGUGGCACAUGCAUAGUUGAGGCUUUUGCUCCACAGACACAAACUUUUAGUCUGCACUUGGAUGUACAUGCAGAAUCCAUGUGGAUGUAGGAGGAUGAUGAAAAUUGCCUGACUUGACCUUAGCGGACGUGCGGUUGCGCAAAGCAUGAAUAGCCUCUUAGAUGAAAAGAUUGAUACGCCUCUCAUGAAGGUGCAUCCAGUUAUCUUAGCUUAUCAUAAAGACUAGAAGCAGGGGGAAACGGCUAGCAGCAUUAAAGCUCACUCAUUAAUACACAAUUCUCAGCAAGAACAAGAAUAAGUAAACUUCCCAAACCGUCGACCUGUCUCUUUAACAUUUUAAGAAUUAGAACCAGAAAGGCUUUUCACAAAUUUCAGAUGAAAGAAAAUGCCUCAUUUGCUCCAGCUGCUUGCACCCUGUAAUGUUUAUAUAAGCAACUCUGCUCUGUGGCGCUCUCCCUAAUCAUGUGUCUUCAUCUGUGCCUGGAAGCCUUGCUGGUCAAGGCUUUACUGAUCAGGAGCAUGUUAACAUUCCUAAAUAUUUGCCCAGAAAUGCUGCUAGCAUUAAUGUUAAGGCUUACAGGCCAUAAGAAGAAAGUGAUUCUCACAGUACGAUGACAGCCUAAAAAUAGAGCUGGUUAACUUCUCUCUUUCUCUGGUGAACUUCCUAUCUGUGAUGGUAAAUCAUUAAUGAGGUUAGACUGAAAUACCUGUUGUGUAGUGUUUGUACGAUCUAUUGUUUUCCACACAACCUGAAUGACUCGUAGAAAUUGUUGAAAGGAUUCUAGUUUAUAACGCAAACUGUCUGGAGCCCAGAAGGUUCAGAUCUGUUCUUCACAUUCUUCUGCUUUAUAAUUCACUGUGGGCGUGGCUAUCACACCAGCUUCUUCAAUAUUUAACCAACUUAAAUGCAAUAGAAACCAGUCAUCUUCACAUUGUUACCUCUGUCUGUGUCAGUUCCUUUUCUUCAGCGGUUUCACUCUCGUACUAAUUCUCAUCUCCACCUUGUCACAUAUCCAGCCCUUCCCCUGUAAAUAUUUCAAAGACAAAAAUAAAAUGUUAAAGUGU